CUUACUUGAUUGGUGGGCUUUACGGCCCAUAAUAUGACGUCAUAACGUACUAUACGGCUAGGGACCAAGGUCCUAUUUUGAUCUGCGUACUCAACACGCGCACCAUCACCGUCUCUUUACUUCGUUUUCUGAUUAUGUCUCGACUUACACUCGCUCAUUCGCUCGACCUUUGCGAAGACAAAACUGAAAGACAAAAUGGAAGACAAAGCUUGUCCGUUCAAAAUAAUAUCGGGAUCUUCGUCCAUGGCUCGUCGUAAAAUGUUAGCUGAAAUGGGAUAUGAAUUCACAAUCAUGAGUGCAGAUAUUGAUGAGAAGGGUAUUAGAAAGGAGAAGCCAGAAGAGUUGGUCAUAGCUCUUGCUGAAGCAAAGGCUGAUUCCAUUGUAUCAAAGCUACAAACUAUCAACAAUCAAGAGAAGGAUGAAAUACCAACUAUUUUAAUUGCUGCUGACACAGUGGUGGUCUAUGAAGGUGCUGUAAGGGAAAAACCAGCCAAUGAGAAAGAAGCACGUGAAUUUAUAAAAGGCUAUUCGGGUGGGCAUGCUGCAACUGUGGGAUCUGUUCUAGUUACGAACCUUAAAACUGGGUUCAGAAAAGGAGAAUGGGAUAUGGUGGAGGUAUAUUUCCAUGAAAUACCAGAUGUGGUCAUUGAGAAACUGAUUGAGGACGGGACUGUACUACAUGUUGCUGGAGGACUGAUUAUUGAGCAUCCUUUGAUAAAGCCAUAUGUUAAGCAAGUGGUAGGGACAACAGACAGUGUGAUGGGAUUGCCCAAAGCUCUCACGGAGAAACUCAUAAAGGAAGCCCUGUAGGAGCUGCAUCAUUCGAUUCCCUUUUUGGAGCUUAUUCGCAUUUAUUCUGAUCGGUUCAUAGUCUGUUUUAGACAUUUUACUCUGCCUGAAAUGUGUCACUGUUCUGAACUUCUUAUAUCAUCCAUACCCACCUCAAUUGUGCACUACUUUUGACCCUAAAAGUUGUAUUCCAAGGCAGACGGUGUGUAAAUAAGAGGCUACUCAUUCAUUUGAUCCAGAACUCUCUGAUUGUAUGUGGAUACAGGACUACUUGUUGAAUUGGAUCACUGGAAUAAAGAAAGAGAGAGGAAAUUAGCAGCAUCCAAGGUUUACUCAAGAAGCA